AUGGCAAAAGCAAAUCACACCUUGGUGUAUGAAUUCAUCCUUGUUGGAUUUGCUGGCUCUCCAGAGUUACAGAUUUUGCUCUUCGUAUUCUUCCUGAUAGUUUAUUUCAUCACCUUGCUGGGAAAUCUUGGGAUGUUUCUGUUAAUCCAGAGGGACUCACGACUUCACACCCCCAUGUACUUCUUCCUUAGUAACCUGUCAUUAGUUGACCUUUGCUAUUCUUCUGUGGUCACCCCAAAGAUGUUGAUGGAUUUUGUAAUAGAAAGCAAAACUAUCUCCUUAAGGGGAUGUGCAGCACAAAUGUGGUUUUUUGGCUUCUUCCUGGGUUUUGAAUGUUAUCUCUUGGCUUCGAUGGCAUGUGAUCGGUAUGUUGCCAUUUCUAACCCACUACUGUAUAGAGUCAUUAUGUCUAGGAAAGCCUGUAUGCAACUAUUAGUUGGACCUUGCUUUGUUGGAAUAUUAAAUGCCACAACACAUACAGUUAUGACUUUCCAAUUAACUUUCUGCAAGUCCAAGAUCAAUCACUUUUUCUGUGAUAUCCCUGUUGUGAUAUCCCUCUCCUGCUCAGAGGCACAAAUCAACAAGAUAGUGUUAUUUAUCAUGUCCUGCACUCUUGGCACUCUCAGCAGCUGUUUUGUUAUUAUCUCCUAUAUCUAUAUUCUUUCUGCCAUCCUGAGGAUCCGAUCUGCAGAGGGCCAGCGGAAGGCUUUUUCCACCUGUUCCACCCACCUCACAGCUGUUUCCAUCUUCUAUGGCACCCUCUUCCUUACAUACGUACGGCCCAGCAAUAGCUUUUUAGCAGACCAGGGCAAGAUGUUUUCCAUGUUGUAUACAGUGGUGAUUCCCAUGUUAAACCCACUGAUCUAUAGCAUAAGGAACAAGGAAAUACAAGAUGCCGUAGGCAGAGUGAUCAGAAGAAAGGGACUUUUAUGA